AUGACUGAGCCUCUUCAAUGGGCCAGAUAUCAAUGGCGGCGGCUAAUCGGUGGUGCAAACCGGGAUGAUGACGAGAGGCCAUACAACUAUUCCUCAAUGCUUGUCUGCGGUGGCAAGACUCCCCAGGCCCCCAAACUGGCAGGAAAACACCGCGUUGUUGUCCCCCACCUUCGGCCCUUCAAGGAUGAGUAUGAAAAAUUCUCUGGAGCCUACGUCAAUAACCGAAUACGAACAACAAAGUACACGCUUCUGAACUUUGUGCCAAGAAACUUAUUUGAACAAUUUCACAGAGCCGCCAAUUUAUAUUUCCUGUUUCUAGUUGUCUUGAACUGGGUGCCUUUGGUAGAAGCCUUCCAAAAGGAAAUUACAAUGCUGCCUCUGGUGAUUGUCCUUACAAUCAUUGCCAUUAAAGAUGGAUUGGAAGAUUACCGGAAAUACAAAAUUGACAAACAAAUCAACAAUUUAGUAACUAAAGUUUACAGUGGGAAAGAGAGAAAAUACACUGACAAAUGCUGGAAAGAUGUUGCUGUUGGGGACUUUAUUCGCCUCUCCUGUAACGAGAUCAUUCCUGCAGAUAUGGUCUUACUCUUUUCCACUGAUCCGGAUGGAAUCUGUCACAUUGAGACUUCUGGGCUUGAUGGAGAGAGCAAUUUAAAACAGAGGCAGGUGGUUCGAGGAUAUGCAGAGCAGGAUUCUGAAGUUGAUCCUGAGAAGUUCUCCAGCAGAAUAGAAUGUGAAAGUGCAAACAACGACCUCAAUAGAUUCCGAGGCUUUCUAGAACAUGCCAACAAAGAACGUGUGGGCCUCAGUAAAGAAAAUUUAUUACUUAGAGGAUGUACCAUUAGAAACACAGAGGCUGUUGUGGGCAUUGUGGUUUAUGCAGGUCAUGAAACCAAAGCAAUGCUGAACAACAGUGGCCCUCGGUAUAAACGCAGUAAAUUGGAGAGAAGAGCAAAUACAGAUGUCCUUUGGUGUGUUCUUCUUCUGAUUAUAAUGUGUUUCACUGGUGCAUUGGGUCAUAAGAUCUGGUUGAGCAGGUAUGAAGAUAUUCCCUUUUUUAAUAUUCCGGACCCUGAUGGGCAUGUCAUCUCACCACUGUUGGCAGGCUUCUAUAUGUUUUGGACCAUGAUCAUUUUGUUACAGGUCCUGAUUCCCAUUUCUCUCUAUGUUUCCAUUGAAAUUGUCAAGCUUGGCCAAAUCUAUUUUAUCCAGAGUGAUGUGGAUUUCUACAAUGAGAAAAUAGAUUCUACUGUUCAAUGUCGAGCCCUGAACAUCACUGAGGAUCUUGGUCAGAUUCAGUACCUCUUUUCGGAUAAGACGGGAACUCUCACAGAGAAUAAGAUGGUUUUUCGAAGAUGUAGUAUAGGAGGUUUUGAUUACUGCCAUGAAGAAAAUGCCAAGAGGUUAGAGUCCUAUCAGGAGGCUGUCUCUGAAGAGGAGGAUUUUGCAGAGACUCUCAGCGACUCUUUAAACAACACGGCCAAACAGAAGGCCCACAGCUGCAGGACAGCUCAUAAUGGGCCUUUGGGAAGUAAACCCUCAAGUCAUCUUUCGGGAAGCUGUUUUGCCCUAGGAUGUGGAGAAGGAGCCAGUGAAGUGCCUCAUUCCCGACAGGCUGCUUUCAGUAGCCCCAUUGAAACAGAUGUGGUACCAGAUACAAGGCUUUUGGGCAAGUUUAGUCAGAUUACACCUCAGCUCUUUACCCUACCAGAUGAGACUGCCCAUAGUCCACCACUGGGGAUUUUGUACAUUAUCGACUUCUUCAUUGCUUUGACAAUUUGCAACACUGUAGUGGUUUCUGCUCCUAACCAACCACGACAAAAGAUAAGACGGUCAUCAAGUAGUGGAAUGCCCAUUAAGUCUUUGGAAGAAAUUAAAAACCUCUUUCAGAGAUUGUCUGUCCGAAGAUCAAGUUCACCAUCUCUUGCCAACGGCAAAGAGCCAUCUUCUGGAGUUCCAAGCACUUUUGUGAGCAGAGUGUCUCUCUUUAAUCGAAUGAAACUGGCUUCACCGGUGGAGGAAGAAGGCUCCCAGAUGAGCGAGAGCCCCCAGAACGCUAGUAACUCUGCUUGCCAUGAAGAAAGAGAGAAACAAAAUAGUAGUGAUGCAGGCGGCCCCUGUGGCCAGGUGGACUCCCUCCCUGAACAUCCAAUGGCCUCGGGCCUGUGUUAUGAGGCCGAGAGCCCAGAUGAAGCUGCCUUAGUGUAUGCUGCCAGAGCUUACCAAUGCACUUUACAGUCCAGGACUCCAGAGCAGGUCACGGUGGACUUUGCUGCUUUGGGACCAUUAACAUUUCAACUCUUACACAUCCUGCCCUUUGACUCAGUAAGAAAAAGAAUGUCCGUUGUGGUCCGGCACCCCCUGUCAAACCAGGUCGUGGUGUAUACGAAAGGCGCGGAUUCUGUCAUUAUGGAGUUGCUCUCUGUGACCUCACCAGAUGGGGCACAUCUGGAAAAGCAACAGAUGGCUAUAAGGGAGAAAACCCAGAAACACUUGGAUGAUUAUGCUAAACGAGGCCUCCGUACUUUAUGCAUAGCCAAGAAGGCUAUCUUCGUCUGUAGUGAUGCAUUUGCUACUAAUGUUAAUAUACUUGGUGCUACUGGCAUUGAAGACCGCCUACAGGAGGGAGUUCCUGAGACUAUAGAAGCCCUUCAAAAAGCUGGCAUCAAGAUCUGGAUGCUGACAGGGGACAAACAGGAGACAGCUGUCAACAUAGCUUAUGCAUGCAAACUGCUGGAGCCAGAUGACAAGCUCUUUGUCCUCAAUACUCAAAGUAAAGAUGCCUGUGAGAUGCUGAUGAGCACAAUUUUGAAAGAACUUCAGAAGAACAUCUGUGCUUCUCCAGAGCAAGUAUUAUUAAAUGAGGAUUUAUGCCAGCCUCCUGUUCCCCAGGACUUGGGGUUCCGGGUUGGACUUGUCAUCACUGGGAAGACCCUAGAGUUUGCCCUGCAAGAGAGUCUUCAAAAGCAGUUCCUGGAGCUGACUGCUCAGUGUCAAACUGUGGUCUGCUGCCGAGCGACACCCUUGCAGAAAAGUGAGGUGGUGAAGUUGGUACGCAGCCAUCUCCAUGUGAUGACGCUGGCCAUCGGUGAUGGUGCCAAUGAUGUUAGUAUGAUACAGGUGGCAGAUAUUGGAAUAGGGGUCUCAGGUCAAGAAGGCAUGCAGGCUGUGAUGGCCAGUGACUUUGCUAUUUCUCAGUUCAGACAUCUCAGCAAGCUCCUUCUUGUCCAUGGGCACUGGUGUUACAUGCGACUUUCCAACAUGAUUCUCUAUUUUUUCUACAAGAAUGUGGCCUAUGUGAACCUCCUUUUCUGGUACCAGUUCUUUUGUGGAUUUUCAGGAACAUCCAUGACUGACUAUUGGGUUUUGAUCUUCUUCAACCUCCUCUUUACCUCUGCUCCUCCCGUCAUUUACGGUGUUUUGGAGAAAGAUGUAUCUGCAGAGACACUCAUGCAGCUGCCUGAACUUUACAAGAGUGGUCAGAAGUCAGAGGCAUACUUACCCAUGACCUUCUGGAUCACCUUGUUGGAUGCCUUUUAUCAAAGUCUGAUCUGCUUCUUUGUGCCUUACUAUACCUACCAGGGCUCAGAUAUUGACAUCUUUACAUUUGGAAACCCUCUGAAUACGGCUGCACUUUUCAUCAUUCUACUCCAUCUGAUCAUUGAAAGCAAGAGUUUGACUUGGAUCCACAUGCUGGUCAUCGUCGGUAGCUUUUUAUCUUAUUUUGUCUUUACCUUGGCUUUUGGAGCCAUGUGUGUAACUUGUAACCCACCAUCCAACCCCUACUGGAUAAUGCAGGAACACAUGCUGGAUCCACUAUUCUACUUAGUCUGUGUCCUCACGACCUGCAUCGCUCUGCUACCCAGAUUUAUGUACCGAGUUCUUCAGGGAUCCCUGUUUCCAUCCCCAAUUCUGAGAGCUAAACACCUUGACAGACUGACUCCAGAGGAAAGGACUAAAGCUCUAAAGAAGUGGAACGAAACUAAUACGUUGGAUCGGACAGUAUUGAAAUAUGCUGACCACUCAGCUGCCAAGGCAGGGAGAAGACUCAUGUCUGGCCAGUCCACUGUCUCUGCAAUGAUGUCAGCAGCUUCUUGUGUUGUUGAGCAAGGAAAUACAUCUAUAUGUGAAACUGCUUUAAACUCAGACAUGCCUCAGACCUUAGAGAUGGCUGGACUGACCACCAAACAGUUAAGAACACAGGAUAGCCUUCUCAGCGUUGCAAAUACUCCUUCAAGUUUGGUAGAGAGACUUUGA